AUGUCUUUAGUUCAGCCUACAAAGUCUAUAGCUGGAGUUGAGGUGAUUGAUACGCCCCUCGUUCGAGCUGCCCAAGACUUCGCUCGCGAAAACUUAGAGGACUUUGCAUAUAAUCAUGUUAUGCGCUCGUGGAUCUUUGGUGUCAUCAUAUACAAACGUCUCAGAGAGAGAGGAGAGUUUCCGGCUAUCGACCUGGAGGCUCACGCAGUCAGCACCAUCCUUCAUGAUAUGGGCUGGGACAAAAGCGGCAAACUAGUUUCUGUGGAUAAGCGCUUUGAAGUUGAUGGCGCCAUAGCCGCCCGAAGCUUUAUCGAGGAGCAGCAGAAAUCCGGAAAGACAGCGGACUGGGACGACCGUAGGCUGCAACUUGUAUGGGAUGCUAUUGCCCUGCAUACAACGCCUGCAAUUGCAGCGUACAAAGAACCUGUAGUGAGACUCUGCGGCUUCGGAACUGCUUCAGACUUUCAAGGGCCAGGCAGUGAUCCCACAGGGACAGUGACAUGGGAGGAUUUCCAUACCUUGAGCAAUGUGUUUCCUCGUCACGAUCUGGCGGGCGGGAUCCGCAAUGUCAUGUGUGGCCUAUGUAGAACCAAGCCUGCAACUACAUACGAUACAUUUAUAAUGGGUUGGGGCAGAAAAUAUAUUGAAGGUUAUCAGGAAAAGGAGAAGCUUAUGUAUGAGGCUAUUGAACAAUCACUCCCAUAG